GACUCUGGUCAGUUCGGCAGUAGUGCCGUGGACAACAGUCCCCAGUUUGGCGAUGCCCCUUCCAAAGCCUCUUAUCACCCGCAACACUACGUCUACACCAUCCCAGAGACACCUUUCCACUACCCAGAGAGAUGUGAGAGUGUAAUCAGCCGCUCCGACUCCGUUGAGAAGUCCCGGUAUGCCUGGUUGGAGGGGUGGAGAUAUCGCGAUACAUGGCCCAUGUACGCCAUGGUCUGCCUCGGCAUCAUCUUUGCCGGUUCUCACCACGCCUUCUACACUCACCUUGAUGGCAGGCCCGCCGACGACCAGAUCAAAAUGAUGCGGAUAGGCGGUCUUCUGUCAUACAUUGCCAAGUCCUCCCUUGUUGGGGCCGUUAUUUUUGCCUACCGACAACAGAUCUGGGUGACAGCGAGGAGAAAGAGACUGCAGCUGAAGACCAUUGACAGCCUCUUCGCUGCCGUCAAUGAAUUCAUGGCUCUGCUGAAUUGGGAGUUUGCCAGAAAUGCAAAGGUGGCCAUGGCCCUAGCGGUUCUUACAUGGCUGUUCCCGCUAACCGUUAUUUUGACGCCGGGCUCGCUUACCGUUGCACCUCUUACAGAGACCAUAGUAGGCCAAUGCAGCGGCGUCAGAACGCUCAACUUCGAAGCGGAAAAGGACAAGAACUGGAGGAAUUCCGACUUCAUCAACGGCUACCCAGGACUCUCCCUCUCCGUGUGGAAUACCACCAUGGAUGCCCCGACCACCUUCACUCCGUUCAAUGAUACCUGGUUUGACUACUGGGACUCCAGCAGCACCCAACUCGAUUUGGUGGCGACCCGUAGCGCUCUGGCCGGCGAUGUGGUUGCCAGGCCUGAUGUUGCUGCCGACACGUGCGGUGUCGGCUGGAACUGCAGCUAUACCAUAUCGUUUGUGGCACCCGGAUACAAGUGCACCGAGAUAGCAAGGGGCCGCAAUCUUGACCAAGCCCAGCUGAGCAGGGAUCAUGGCGUGCCUUUCAAUGCCAGCGAUUUGAUGCCUACCGGCGAUUAUGGCUACAUAGCAAGCACUACAAUCGGCGAUUACGCUCGCCCUCAGAUCGACGCUGGGGCUGCAGGUAUUCCUCUCGACGGGCCGCCCUUUCCCAGAAACCUAGGCGCCUUUAGGACGGAGCCAGUUCUGUGGAUUGGUCAUGCUGUCCCAACUGGCGAAGGCCCGCCGCCAACGAGCAGGAACGAGCCCGGAUUUGACACUGCAUUUGAGGCGUCGAUUAUCCGGUGCGACCACUACCUGACUAACUACAAUGUCUAUUUCAACCAUACCUUUUCCUCCCAAGUUACGACCGUCGUUAGCAGGGAGUUCCUGCAUCCCAUCAUCAACACGACAUUUGUGGACAAAACCAUGGACGACGGCACAAGAGACAAUACGACGGCGACGCCAGAAUCAAACUGGAUCCGCCCUCUUGACGUGGAACGGUACCGGGUGACGGCUGGCUACCACUCCCUUGGCUCUCGCCUGCGCCGCUACCUCGACGGCCGGAUCAAAUACCUGCCGUACGCUCUCACGGAAAGCGACGUGACGCAGACGAACCUGAUUGACAAGAUGACGUACCUAGCCGUUCCCAACCUCAGAGAAGAGGUGCAGCGCUUCUACGAGAACAUCACGCUCUCCCUGUUCUCCAACCCGCAGUUUGUCAUUGUCUCCUGGGCCGCCAAGCCCAACGUGCCCAGCGGCAGGGACAACGUCACGGCCACGGCCGCCGAUCCCAGCCUGGCCUACCCCUGCAACAAGACGCGCAUUGCCAACGCCUACGUAUACCUGAAACGCGAUUUAUGGAUUGCCUACGCCGUCGCCAUUUCGGUGGCAAUCAUCUGCGCCGCGCUGGGUACCGCCGCCCUCGCCCAAAACAACUACCACGUGCGCGACGUGCAUGUGUCGAGCAUUGUCGCUGCCACCCGAGCGCCCUGUCUCCAGGCGCUGCCGUGGAACACGGAUUCCAAGUGGGGAGAGGUGCCGGACGAGGUGCUGAGGACUCGCAUGGGGUACGGAGUCAUCAGGGAGGGAGCAGCUGACACGGGGGCCGUUCCUGCUAGUUGCAGCAGCAGUUUUGUGGAAGGAAGCCCGGACACGGACAGAGGGGGCGUGAGGGCCAGCAGGGUGUAUUACGGGUUUGCUCAGGAGGAGAUUCUGGAUCGGUCAAGGGCAGCUACGUCUGGCCAUGGAGGGGCGAAGCCGAAGCUGGCGAGUGCCUUCAGCUUCAAGACCUGGGAG